UAACUAGGAUUGUGCAGACCAUUCCUCCGCAGUUGAGUCUCACAACCUUGCAAGACUCCAACUCUCUCCUUAAAAAUGGCAAACCCUAGAGUUUUCUUCGACAUCACUAUUGGAGGUGCCCCCGCUGGCAGGAUUGAAAUGGUGCUGCGGGCUGAUGUGGUUCCAAAGACUGCUGAGAAUUUCCGGGCAUUGUGCACAGGAGAGAAGGGCUUUGGCUACAAAGGCUCCGGUUUUCAUCGUAUCAUUACCAACUUCAUGUGUCAGGGAGGGGAUUUUACCAAACAUAACGGAACAGGGGGCAAGUCCAUCUAUGGAGAGAAGUUUGCUGAUGAGAACUUUGUGCUGAAGCACACCGGCCCAGGUAUCCUGUCCAUGGCCAAUGCUGGUCCCAACACCAACGGCUCUCAGUUCUUCCUUUGCACCAAACCCACUGAUUGGCUGGACAGCAAGCAUGUGGUUUUCGGCGAAGUGGUGGAAGGAAUGGAUGUUGUCAAGAAGAUGGAGAAAGAAGGCUCUAGCGGUGGCAAUGUCAAAACAAAAGUCAAUAUCGCAGAUUGUGGUCAACUUUAAAUGGGCCUUUGUGUAUUACCAUUCCCUUAACAUGAGCACUUAAAUCUGUAAACGCCCAUCCUGUUGAAUAUCCUGACAACUGUACCAUCUAAAGUAAAUAUUCAUUAAAAUACCAUUUAUUAUUCGGCCCUAUUAUGAGGCAAAUGUUUAUGACCUAUUUUCGUGUAGGAUACCCAAUAUGUGUAUCAUGUCUAUUAACUGUUGGAUGAAUGGUUACACCCCACAGAGUCAAUAAACAAGCAUGUGACCAAUUAAAAAGUAUUUUGGAACGCUAGUUAAUUUCAGGGUUCAACGUUAAAAGUCUGCUGGCUGGUUAAUCUGGGAAUUUUAAGAGUUGGUCCCACUCAUUCCCUACCCCUCAACACUAGCAUAUUAAACAGAUCAUGUUAUACUGUUUUAGUAGAUCAUUGUUCGGCUUGCAUGCCUUAUUUUAAAUGGGGAUAUUAAGAGUUUUCUUCGCCAUAACUAUUGAUGGUGUUGAGGAGAAGAAUGAGGUAGGUUGAUUGUAUGUUGCUCUUAAGCUAUUUGUAAUGCAUUGGUUCUUCCGGGGUACUUUAUAUUUCAUGAGCCUUGUUGCCUCAAGCUGAUGUGAUUCCAAAGAUCAAGCAGCUUCGUUUAAAAUAGGUCGGUAAUAUUGAUGUAGGUCCGAAAGUAAAACAUGUGUUGUUUGAGUCUUGAUAUAGUUAGUGCAAACUAUACAAUUUAAAACAUCUUCUUUUGAACAUUAUGUUAGUUGAGAAAGCUUUUGCAAUGCCUUCCAAAGGGCCAGGGAUAAAUUCCUUGCAUCCUACUUUUAAUUGGGUAUUUUAUAGUAAACUUCCAAGCAUUGUGCAAAGGUCUUCGCCUCAUGCCCACUGCACCGUCCUAGAAAUCUAGAUGCCCCUAGCGGCAGCAAAUUUAAUUUGCAGCCAUGCAACCAAUAUCUUUCCGAUAUGGGUCUGGCUUGCCAGGUUACAAAGGUCUAGCUUCAGAUCUCAAGUCUCAGGCCCCCCUUCACCUCCAUACAGCUUCCGGUUCCCAGCUGCGAGUGACGUUUGAGGCUGUCAACGCCAGUAGGGUUAGGAUCGAUAACUUGGGAUCGAUAACUUUCCUGAUCGUUCCACACGUCCAGUGGCGGCUGGCGAUCAAACAUGUUGGUGGGGCACAGUAAUAGACAGAGGGUCUGAGGUCCCCCCCCCCCCCAUAUUUUUAUUUUUAUUUAAUAGAUUUGAUUUCCUGUAUUCUGGUGCAUUUUGGGGAUGGCCACUACCUAUUUACCUAC